AGAUUUGCCCAAUAAUAAUGGCCGACGCUCUAUUGUCCUGUCGAUCUGAAUACACCUCGAAGGUUGAAUAUCGAAAACAUUUCUCGAGUUAGUUGUGCGGCGCGGUACGUAAGUCUUGUACGUUUGUUUCUUUUCACUGGAAAAAGCAGCUAAAAAUGACUCAAGAGGGACAGGUGACACCUCCCCCGGUGAUGUGGGCGCAAAGAAGUAACGUGGUGUACGUUACUAUAUGUCUGGAAGACUGUAAAGAUCCCACAAUCAAAGUUGAACCCGAUAAAAUAUAUUUCUAUGGUAUUGGCGGCACUGAACGCAAGGCGCACGAAGUGACGAUUAACUUGUACAAAGAAAUCGACCCAGAAAAGACAAUCCAAAGUCCGAAGGGGAGAAAUUUUGAAUUGGUUCUUACGAAAAAAACUCUUGGACCAUACUGGCCCCACCUCACCAAGGAAAAGCAAAAAUACCACUGGCUCAAGAGUGACUUCAACAAAUGGCAAGAUGAAGACGAUAGCGAAGAAGAAGCAUCGUUCGGCGGUGGUGGUGGUGGCGGCGGAAACCGUGACUUGGAAGAGAUGAUGCGCCAAAUGGGAGGUUUGGGUGGUUCUGGAGACCGCAAGCCAAAUUUUGACGACUUAGAUGACAUGGGGGAUGACGCUGAAGGUCCAGACAGUGACGAUGAUGAUAUGCCAGAUUUGGAAUGAAAUUGUUUGAAAAAAAUCAACUUACCCUCUCGGAAAGAAUUGUGACCUAAAGCAGGUGUUCUUUACAGGCGGAAACUUUCGCAUGGCCGUCUUGUUUAGGAAAAAAAAAAUUCCAUUGCGAAUGCUUUUUGCAAUUUUAGAAUCAAUGGCCAACAACGUAAUACCUAACUCGUAGCUAAGUGCGGUACGCGAAAGACCGAAAACUUGAAAAGAAAAAAUAUAUAAUAACAUCU